AUGCCACGAGCUGCUAAUGAGACAGAAACAACAGCAACUAGAGCAGUUAUCAUGAGCGACAACGGUAUACAACAUGGAAAAUCCAACGUCCCUACCACUGGCGUCUCAAGCGGCUGGAACGUAGGAAGCGAUGCCGUUGUGCACUGGAAUGAUGGUGGCAUGGCAGCAGACAAGCAGAUAGUGUGCGAGACAUGA